AUGAACAAGCUUUACAUCGGUAACCUCAACGAGAGCGUGACCCCCGCGGACUUGGAGAAAGUAUUUGCGGAGCACAAGAUCUCCUACAGCGGCCAGUUCUUGGUCAAAUCCGGCUACGCUUUCGUGGACUGCCCCGACGAGCACUGGGCGAUGAAGGCCAUCGAAACUUUCUCGGGCAAAGUCGAAUUGCAAGGAAAACGCCUGGAGAUUGAACACUCCGUUCCCAAAAAACAAAGGAGUCGAAAAAUCCAGAUACGAAAUAUUCCACCUCAGCUCCGAUGGGAAGUACUGGAUAGUCUGCUGGCUCAGUAUGGAACAGUAGAGAACUGUGAGCAAGUGAACACUGAGAGUGAGACAGCAGUGGUGAACGUAACCUAUUCCAACCGGGAGCAGACCAGGCAAGCCAUCAUGAAGCUGAACGGCCACCAAUUGGAGAAUCAUGCCUUGAAGGUCUCCUACAUUCCUGAUGAGCAGAUAGCUCAGGGUCCUGAGAAUGGGCGCCGAGGAGGCUUUGGCUCCCGUGGUCAGCCCCGCCAGGGCUCUCCUGUGGCAACAGGGGCCCCAGCCAAGCAGCAGCAGGUGGACAUCCCCCUUCGGCUCCUGGUGCCCACCCAAUAUGUGGGUGCCAUCAUCGGCAAGGAGGGUGCCACUAUCCGUAACAUCACAAAACAAACGCAGUCUAAGAUUGAUGUGCAUAGGAAGGAGAAUGCAGGUGCAGCGGAAAAGGCCAUCAGCGUCCACUCAACCCCCGAAGGCUGCUCCUCAGCCUGUAAGAUGAUUUUGGAGAUCAUGCAUAAGGAGGCAAAGGACACCAAAACGGCUGAUGAAGUCCCACUAAAGAUCCUGGCCCAUAAUAACUUUGUGGGACGUCUCAUUGGCAAGGAAGGGCGGAACCUGAAGAAGGUGGAGCAGGACACAGAGACGAAAAUCACCAUCUCCUCGCUGCAGGACCUCACCCUCUACAACCCGGAGAGAACCAUCACCGUGAAGGGGGCCAUUGAGAACUGCUGCAGGGCUGAGCAGGAAAUCAUGAAGAAAGUUCGGGAGGCUUAUGAGAAUGACGUGGCCGCCAUGAGCCUGCAGUCUCACCUCAUCCCUGGCCUUAACUUGGCUGCCGUCGGGCUUUUCCCAGCCUCGUCCAGUGCAGUCCCACCACCUCCCAGCAGUGUUACUGGUGCUGCUCCCUACAGCUCCUUUAUGCAGGCUCCAGAGCAGGAGAUGGUGCAGGUGUUCAUUCCUGCCCAGGCGGUGGGUGCCAUCAUCGGCAAGAAGGGACAGCACAUCAAGCAACUUUCCAGAUUUGCCAGUGCCUCCAUCAAGAUCGCUCCACCGGAAACACCUGACUCCAAAGUUCGAAUGGUUAUCAUCACCGGACCCCCAGAGGCCCAAUUCAAGGCUCAGGGGAGAAUAUAUGGAAAACUCAAGGAAGAAAACUUCUUUGGUCCUAAGGAAGAAGUAAAGCUGGAGACACAUAUCCGGGUGCCAGCCUCGGCCGCUGGCCGUGUCAUUGGCAAAGGCGGCAAAACGGUGAAUGAGUUGCAGAAUCUGACAGCUGCUGAGGUGGUAGUGCCGAGGGACCAGACGCCUGAUGAAAAUGAUCAAGUUAUUGUUAAGAUCAUCGGGCAUUUCUAUGCCAGCCAGAUGGCUCAGCGGAAGAUCCGAGACAUCCUGGCCCAAGUUAAGCAACAGCACCAGAAGGGACAGAGCAACCAAGCCCAAGCACGGAGGAAGUGACCAGCGCCUUCCAAUCCCGUUUGCUUCAGGAUGCCGGGCAGAACUGGGGAGUGCACUCUCCCGGCAGGCCUGAGAAUGAGUGGGAAUCAGGGACCUCGGGGCUGGGCUGGAGAUCAGGUUUGCCCACUUGCUUGAAAAGGAUGUUCUGUGGAGGAAUCCUGAU